AUGGCUAAGGCUAAGGUUGGCAGUCAUGGAAGCACUAGAAUUGCCUUAUUCUUCAUGGUGGCACACUUGAAUUUGCAAUUCUCGUUGCUGGCGAGACCUGCAGGAGCUGAACAGAGUCCGUUAUACUCAAAUGAGUGUCCUUAUCCUUGUCUUCCGCCGCCAAGUGCAGCCACGGACUGCCCACCACCGCCAUCUCCGCCUUCCCAACCAUUGACACCAUUGCCUCCGGCUGCUGAUCAACCGCCACCUGCCGUCCUCUUUCCGCCACCGGAUGCUGGGUACAUACCCUAUGCUUUCCCUCCACCUAAUUGGUACAUGAAUUCAAUUGCUCCACCCCCUCCCGACCCGAUAGUGCCGUAUUUCCCAUGGUACUACAAGCAUCCUCCCUUCCAGUCGCAAUCACCAGGAGCGAUUCAUUCGCAAGCAAAGGUCACAAUUGUGGUGGUGCUAUGCUUUCUCUACAUUGUUCUUCUUGCAGUUGAGUGA